CACAGCGUAAAUCAAGAUGUCUACCGAGGGUUCAGAAAAUACAUGGCAAGGCAGAGAUGCCGAUGCAAAAGAAUACUUAAACAAUCAUAAGAUUGUAGAAUUGUUCAAUAAUUUGACAUCACAAUUGAUUUUUCAUAGACCAGAUGAGCCCAAAAAACAUAUGAUUGAAAUUUUAGAAAAGUUACAGAAAUCCAGAGCUACAAAACUAGAUUUUCCAUGUCUGUUUGAUGAUACAAAUAUACAGUCUAUUUAUGGAAUGUUGGAUCCUACAGGACGUGGCUUUAUUACACUCCAGCAAUACACGGAAGCUUUAACAACAUUAGGUAUAAAAGACUUUCCAGAAGUUCCAGAGGGUACUGAAGAUGAAAAAAUUACAUUUGAUAUUUUUUUAAGAGAAGCACGACUUGGCCUAACUCAAGUAUCAUCGACAUUCCAAUCAUAGACAUUAUCAGUUUUAAGAAAUUUAUAAUUUAUUACUGUACUUUUUUUAUUGUCAUUGUUAUCACUUUGUAAAUAUAUGAAUUUUUUAUAAUAAAAAUGUUUAAUUUUAAAA